AUGUCAAUUGAUAAGAAACUCAAGGUAGCCAUCGUAGGUGCUGGGCCAGGAGGUCUGGCCGCUAUAAUCCACUUUCUUCGAGUGCAGAAUGUCGACUUGAGCGUCUUCGAGGCCGCGUGGGAGUUGAGAGAGAUAGGAGCUGGUAUCGGUAUCAACCAAAAUACUUGGAGACACUUGCAAUUGAUGGGGGUGGCAGAGAAGAUUGAACAGUUUACAAACCGAGGGGAUGGAACGAAAAUCGAUGUCGAAAAUAGAAAUGGUACGAGCGGGAAACUGAUAAGCAGAAGAUACCAAAGUACCGAUCCAAAUACACCUGCCAAAUCUCGAAUUGAACGGUACAAGUUACAGAACGCACUUUUAUCCGCCGUUCCAAAAGGGCUUAUUCAGCUCAAUAAACGAUUAGCAGACAUCAAGGAGCGAGAGGAUGGAGUGGUAUUGAUCUUCAAAGAUGGAACAAGUGAAGGUCCCUUUGACCUUGUUAUUGGCGCUGAUGGAAUCCGAUCAGUGACUAGAAGCUAUGCCUUCCCAGAUCACAAGCUAAGUUACACCGGAAAGACUGCUUAUAGAAUUAUAAUACCUGGAGAAGAGGUCGCGCAUAUACCAGGUAUCCCACAAGGUGGGUGCUUUUGGCAUACUAAAGAAACGCAUAUCUACACCAAUCCACUGGACAACGGUCUAUUCGAAAUUGCCACAAGGGCUGUGAUACCUGAUGAGAAUGGGACGAAGGUCAGUUGGGGGACUGAAGUCCCAAGGGAAGAGGUGAUUGGACAUUACACGGGAUACUGCGAGACCAUUAGGAAAAUACUGGACGUACCUAAGAAAUGGCUGGAAUUCGCUAUCUUCGGUGGUCCAAGAUUGGAAUCAGUCAUCCAUGGUGGUAGAAUUGCAUUGCUAGGUGAUGCAUCACACCCGUUAUCGGGUGCUUUCGGUGCUGGAGCUUGUUUCGCAUUCGAAGAUGCAUACGUCUUAUCGAACGCGGUCGAUCAAGCUUUGAAAAAUGGAACAUCUAUCGCAAAUGCUUUGAAAGAAUACGAUGAAUUCAGGGCUCCACAUUAUAAAGCCUUGUAUCAAGUUUUAGAUGGUUAUGCAAGAACUGCUGAAGAAGUCAAGGGCUUGAAUGCUGAGUUGAGCGAUGAUGAAUUCGUCGAGGAAAUCGUCCAAAAAGGUCUAGCGGGUAACACUCGAUGGAUCUACGAGUACGAUGUAACCAAAGUCUGGCAAGAAAAAUUAGAUUCUGCCUUGAAAGGAAAGGACGGCUUAGACACUUCGCUAGCACCGGGUGUGGCAGCAAUCGCUAUCACUGCCUAG